AGACCAGGUGUACCUGAUUUCGUCCUUUUUACCAGAUUCGAAAUUCAGAACUCUCUGACACUCCUCGAUUCCCGAGAAAACUACGAUCCGAUUCCCUGACAGUCUGGAAGAAAUGGUAUCCAAGAAAUUGGCAGCUCUGCUUUCUUCUCUCAUUUCUGAAUUACUCCUCCUUCUUAUACUUCUCUUCCCUUCCUCCACUUCUCUCUCUCUUGUCCCCAAUUCCAAUGAUUCCAAUUUCAGUAAUUCCAGUUCUAAUUCCUAUGCAAAUCUUUUCCCUCUUAUCCAUUAUCUUCUCUCCUCCCAGGAAAUUGCCGCUUCCCUCUCUCUCUUCACUACUUCCAGGAAGAGGAAGAGAAUCCAUCUUUCAGAACUGGAUUCUGAGUCGACCCACGGAAACAGAAACCACCAACAUGGGUCUCGACUCAGUGAGUUGGACCGAGUCAUUCGAAAUCUUGACUCGUUUAAAACCUUUUUCAAAAUGAGCUCUUCAACCUUUGAAUGGCUAUCUGGCUUGCUUGAACCGUUGCUAGAAUGCCGUGACCCAAUUGGGUCGCCGCUUAACCUCUCUGCUGAGCUCCGACUAGGUAUCGGCCUCUUUAGAUUAUCCACCGGGUCAAAUUACUCCGAAAUAGCUGAUCGAUUUGGGGUUUCCGAGUCAGUGACUCGGUUUUGUGCAAAGCAAUUAUGCCGUGUGUUAUGCACCAAUUUUCGCUUCUGGGUUGCAUUUCCUUCCCCUGUUGAGCUCCAAACAGUGUCCAAAGAUUUUGAAACUCUUACUGGAUUGCCAAAUUGUUGUGGUGUAAUAGAUUGUGCAAGAUUCGAGUUUGUUAAAGAAGCUGAUUCAAGUCUAUCAAUUAUUGCUGUUCAAAUAGUUGUGGAUUCAUCAUCGAGAAUUUUGAGUAUUGCAGCUGGAUUUCGUGGCAACAACUGUACUUCCACGAUCCUUAAAUCAACUACAUUGUAUAAAGAUAUUGAAGGAGGAAGGCUAUUGAAUACAAACCCAAUUAUUAUCGAUGGAGUGCCUAUAAAUCAAUACUUAAUUGGAGGCAGAAAAUAUCCUUUACUGCCCUGGUUAAUGGUACCGUUUGUAAAUCCUGUGCAAGAAUCAUUUGAAGACAAAUUCAACAGGGCAAAUAGUUUAAUGGGUGUCUCUGCACUAAGAACAGUUGCUAGCUUGAAAAAUUGGGGUGUUUUGUGUAAGCCGAUCCAAGAGGAGCUUAAGAAUGCAGUUGCUUUAAUUGGGGCAUGUUCAAUUCUUCAUAAUGCUUUACUAUUGAGGGAGGAUGAUUCUGCAUUGCUUGAAUUGGGAGAUUAUUCUUUAUAUGAUUAUGGAGAUUCUGAAAUGGAGCAGAACUUGAAUGAUUUUAAGGCUUCUGAUAUAAGAAGUGCAUUGGCUACAACAGUGAGAGUUUCAUAAACCUUUAAGGCUUUCUUUGUUAUAUGGCAUAUGCAAUUAUGCAAAGAGAUUUCUUUUAUCUGCCUACUCUGGAAUUUGGAAGGAGGAGGCUCAACCCUAAAUUUUUGAUAUUGGUAGGUAAUUGAGGAUUUUGUGCAUGACAAAGAAGAGUGAAGUUUUUCUCUUAAAAAAUUUGUUUCAACACCAAGUCACUAACCUUGUUUCCAUGGAAUUCUAGUUUCUCUUUGUUUAACAAAUGAUCCUUGAUUUAAGAUGUAUAGAAUUCAUCAGCUUUUGCAAUUGGCAGAGUGAAAUUUAGGAUAUUUUUUUCCCCACAUUGUGGAUGCCAUUUGCUGCUUACUGUUAUUUAUUGCCUCACUAAUACCUUUUGUUUGGAUCCUUUGGUGUAAACUCUUGGGUUAAUGAGCAAUCAAGUGAUUACAUUUCUGGUA